AUGCGGAAAUGUCAAGUUCUUACGAUGGUUAAAGAAACUGAUCCAGAUCCAGCCAAAUGGGUACCUAGCCAUAAGUUGAUAGGUGUUAAACCUGAUGAUUUAUUAGACUUUCGAGAAACAAUGAAAAUUCGUGUAUUUGAAAUGGAUUAUUCAGUGCCUUGUUGUGGUUAUGGAUUUUAUGAACGUCGACAAAAAUUGAAAAAAGAAUACGUACAUUUAUCCAAUAAAGAUAUUGGAAAGAUGAAACGAGAAAAUAAAAACCUCAAACUUAGUGAAGAACGAAUAGUUCCAUUAUUUGUUUUUAUGGGCGAUACAACAGUAUCGAUAUUCAACAGAUAUGAAAAUGAACUUUUUCAGUUUCCAUUAAUUAUUGUCGAAUGUUCCUAUAUCAAUAGUGAACUUCAUAGAGAAGCAGCUUUGGAAGGCAAACAUAUAAUUUGGGAUGACCUGCAACCUUUCUUUUGUUUUGAUAAAGAUAAAUAUUUUGGACGAUUUUCAGACAAUGAUGAUUUUAAUGAUCUUUUUAGCAAAGUGAAAUCAUCAUAUACUCAAAAAACUCGUGAAAUAAUUAAAUUUUGUUAUGAUUUUAAAUCAGCAUAUACUUAUCUAGCAUUUGAACCAGCACUUCAAUUAGAAAAAGAAUAUCCUAUUCAAUUACGUUUUAUUCUAUGGCCAUUUCGUGCUGAAGAAUCUUUUGGUGGAAAUCUUCAAGAACGAAAUAAAUUUAAUUGA